CCAGUACCGGAAGUGUCUCCAUGUAAGACUCCCUCAGUUUGGGUCCCACUCCCUGUCAGUCCACCCGGCCGAGUCGCGGUCCUGCUGUACGCUGUCUGUAAGCUAAAAUGAGCGACAAGGGUCUGUCAGACGAGGCGGCCGCGGCAGCUUGUAAAGAUGGAUGUCCGAGUACGAAGGAUUUCAUGAUGCAGCAGACUAUGCUGCGGGUUAAAGAUCCUGUUAAAUCCUUGGAUUUCUACACCAGAAUCCUCGGCAUGACGCUCCUGCAAAAGUUCGACUUCCCCUCCAUGCGUUUCUCUCUCUUCUUCUUGGGCUAUGAAGACAAGAAGGAGAUUCCUACUGAUGUGAAGGAAAAGACAGCGUGGACCUUUUCCAGAAGAGCCACCAUCGAGCUGACUCAUAACUGGGGCUCAGAGUCUGAUGAGAGCCAGUCUUACCACAAUGGAAACUCAGACCCACGUGGCUUUGGACAUAUUGGAAUUGCAGUUCCUGACGUCUACGAAGCCUGCAAACUGUUUGAAGAGCAGGGAGUCACGUUUGUCAAGAAGCCUGAUGAUGGUAAAAUGAAAGGCUUGGCCUUCAUUCAGGACCCUGAUGGUUACUGGAUUGAGAUCCUGAGUCCUAACAACAUGGUGUCCAUUACCUCCUAAAGAACUCUGACAACAUGCUACCUGCUGCACUGCAUACAGGCCAGACCUGCUGUGGCUUCACUGGGAGAGCAGAACAUCGGGGUUUAGAGAAGAAUUUAGCAACAUCUGCCGGAUAACUGAGGGUAAAUGGAGCGGGAACGCUUGUGCCGUGGCAAUCAGUGUGCCCUGCUACGGGCCGGACUAAUAUUGGACACUUGAUGAGCAAAUAGAUUAGAUACCUGAGUUCUUGAGUUCGAAGCCUUGUAUAUCUGUUGAGUUUGCCCACCAACAUCAAGUUGUAUGUCUUAAAAAAGUGAUGCUAAAAUAAAGUGGUAUUACUGUGUAAUAAAUGUGAAAGCUACCGUUCAAAUGG